AUGGAUUGUAGACAUCGUAAACUAAUACGAGUAAGAAGGAAGGAUGAUGCAGAAGGUGAUGAUAGACUAAGUAGCUUGCCGGAUGAGCUUAUCCAUAAAAUUCUCUCUUUUGUUAGCAUCAAGCAUUCUAUCCGAGUCAGUGCUUUGUCAUCGAGAUGGAGGUAUAUCUGGACUUCGUUGCCCUAUCUCAGUUUCUCAACGGAGUAUUUUCAUACUUUGUCUGACUUCUCAAAAUUCGUUACCCAGGUUCUGACACGGCGGGGUAAUCAAAGUGAAGUUUAUUCCGUCAAGCUCAGUUUUUCAGGAAGUGUUGAGGAUGUGUCUUUUAAAAACAUUAUUCAUUAUGCAUUCUCACAUAAUGUCCAAGAACUAAAUGUUAGAUGUUUGCUUGAGAAUAAGGAUAUUGAACCCCCUCUUUCUCUCUUUACUUCCAAGUCUCUUAAACAUCUUUCUCUAAUUGGAUCUCGCCAUUUCGUUACAUCAACUUGGGAGCUCCCAGAAAUAACAACCUUGCAUCUUCAGUGUGUCACAUUUUCUCAGAAUAUUGAUCAUUUCUCAAAGUGCGUGAACUUGAGGAACCUCAGCCUAAUUUGUUGCGAAGUGAUGGGAUCAGAUUGUUUCAGUAUUUUUCAUCGUGGACUUUCUAAUCUCACAAUUGACAAUAAUGCUUUCAAGAAAGUCCACUUGGUUGUGCCUCAACUCAGAAAUCUAUCAGUUACCGAUUAUAAUGGAACCUAUACGAUAUCCGCACCUGAGCUUAACUCACUGAGUUAUGCAGGUUAUUCUCCAUUAAUAUUUUUCAAAGAUAACAUUCUUUCUUUGGAAAAGGUUGAUAUCCUUGUCCACCAUCCAGAGAUGUUACAUCCUGGGAGUAUUGUUGGCCUGCUUCAAAAGCUGCACGGCGUCAAAUCUAUUACGCUUAAUUUGGAAAUCAUGGAGCAUCUUUCCUCAUUUGUGAAAAUAAGUUCACAUCAAGCUUCUUCACUUGCCAGCUUAAGGAAUUUGAAAGUCUAUCCAUUAGAUUCGUACAAGUCGGAGCAUCAAAACCAAGUAAUUACUUUGCCAACGGAAGUAAGUAACUAUUUCCUGAAUAGCUCUCCGAGUGCCACCUUGACAAUGGUCUCUCGCAAGGAAAUGACAGCCAUAAGGAAUGCCGUAUCAGCAGAAAAACUCAUGGGAGAGUUACAAGAGCUGCUAGAGCAAUGGCAAGCGAAAAGUGAGACCAGGUUGGCUCGAGUGGAGAGAGUGAAGUUUAAGAGCAACAAUGCAAAGUUCCAUGAACAGGAGAAGGCGUUUGUUGAGAUGAAUAGGCCAUGGUACUUUAGGGAAAGGAUGGCACACAUCGAAAGUUAUUGGAAAGAUUUGAAUGUGGAGUUGAAGGAAGGGAAUACAAAGACUUGUCGCAUUAUUUCAAAGCUGCGAGAGAUUGAGGAAUUACUCACAAAGCUGCCCCCACUAAAAAGGUCAAAUAUCCAAUCAAGAUUUUCUAGACUUUGUGCAGAAUCAGACAUUUGCGAGGAUUUUGGUUUGGAUCCUGCUAAAGAGAAAGAGGAAUUACGAUCUAAUCUUGGAGAGACAGGACAAUUUAUGGUGUUGGAUGAUGGAAGUAAUGAGAAGGUGCCAAUAGUGGUUGAAGGUACCCCUGUAUCCCAAAUUCUUUAA